CCUGGACCUGACCUGCUCGGAAGGAGACUGCAGGGUCUGGAAUAAACCCUGAUCAGCCUAAAACUCAUGCAGAUUAUUUCACUUUCUGGUGACCAUGACUGACGAAAUCUCCCCACGAAUGUCUGACGAAGCAUUUGGUGAAAAGCUGAGUAACAGGAAACACCAAGGAGGAGAAUGCGUCACUCCGCCUGUCCCCGAGGAGCAGAUCCUAAUUAACACUCACCAUUUGAAGACUAACUCUUCAUUUGGUGGCAUUUGUGGUAUGAACUCACUUUCGGAGAGCGGCGACGUUGAAAUCCUUUAUCUAAACCCUCAAACACCAAACUGGUCUCUGGUGGAGAAGUUUGCGGAGCUUUCACCGGGAGAAGAAACAGACGAGCAAAACCAAAGCAGUCCAGGAUUGUUAGACUGCACUAAACAUGCAGACAAUAAUAAUAAAAUAAAUGUAUGUAAUGAGGUGCUUUUGGAUCAAAAGAAGAAAAGUAACCGCCAUAAGCUACAACGUAACGUCUCAACCAAACAGAGGGCGUCCAAGCUCAGAGAGCUAAAUGUGGAGGAGUAUUCUCCGGGUGGAGGUGGAAAUAAGACCAAAAGGAAGAGUGUAAAUACUCCUCAUGCUAAGAAAUUACUUAAAAAGUCUGAGGAUGACAAAAUCCCUCGACUUUUGGUAGCAAUGAAGAAACGCAGUGGAGUUGACACGGAGCACCGUCCCUUCAAGUGUCCGCACUGCAGCUGGGCUUUCAAGAAGCUCUGCAACCUACAGAGUCACCUACAGACGCACACCGGCCUCAAGCCACACGUGUGUGACAUAUGUGGCAAGGCGUACUCCCAUCAGGGCACGCUGCAGCAGCACAAGCGUCUGCACACAGGGGAGAGACCGUAUCACUGCCCCUUCUGCGUCAAGACCUAUAUCUGGUCCUCGGAUUACCGUAAGCAUAUCCGCACACACACUGGUGAGAAGCCCUACGUCUGUGACACUUGUGGCAAGGAUUUCAUUCGCUCCUCCGACCUGCGAAAGCACGAGCGGAAUAUGCACACCAACGACAAGCCCUUCCCAUGCACGCACUGUGGCAAGACCUUCAAUAAACCCCUCUCGCUGAAGCGUCACGAGCGCAAGCACCUGGGAGAGAGGCCGUUCUCCUGCCCAGACUGCGGGAAGGCCUUCGCCCUGGCCAGUCGCAUGGCGGAGCACCAGAAGAUCCAUGCAGGUGUGCGUCCGUACGUCUGCUCCGUGUGCUCCAAGUGUUUCACCAAGUCGUCCAACUUGACUGAGCACGAGGCCAUUCACAGCGGAGCGCGGCCACACAAGUGUAACGAGUGCGGCGUGGCAUUUGCCAUGGCCUCUCGCCUCGUUCGCCACCAGUACAUCCACAAUAAAGAGAAACCGCACAACUGCUCCGGCUGCAGCAAAAACUUCAGCCACCUGGCCACACUGAAGCUUCACCAGGAGCAAAACUGUGCCGGGAGGAUCUUUGUCUGUGUGGACUGUCACAAAUCCUUCCAGUGUGCCAAAAAGCUUGCACAGCACAUGUUGAACCACAGAGACAAGAAUGUAUGAAUCUGUCACAGGACAGCUACUGUACACAUCCAGCAGUACGUGAGUACUGUAUACUGGUACUACACUCCAGAUGAAACUGGUAACAUAAAUAGCGUGGUUUCAUUUGUUCAAAUAAUCAGUUCCAGACACAUCAGAUCCAUUCAAAGUCACAGGGCACCGGCUUGUUUAUGUAAAGGUAACGCUGCCUGUUCAAGGUGAGGAUUUCACAACGUUAUGCCGCCUCAAAGGUCUGUAUAAAAGGUACAAUCGCGGAAUGGGCGACUGAGAUAUUUCGCCUAUUAGCCGGUACUGGAGGUAGUAACAGCACCGCUACGAUGUUUGUAUUAACGGGAGUGUCGGCAGGAUGGAAUCAUGGGCGUGAAGUUUUGAUGAUAUGUUAUACUUGGGACAUGUUAUGCGUGCAACAUAGUGGGCAUGUGACAUGAGUGUGACAUGCAUGCGACAUGAAAUGCGUGCGACAUGUGUGGGAUGUGUGACAUACGUGGUGCAUGUUAUGCAUGCGUCAUUUUAUGCUUGGACAUAUUAUACAUGACGUGUUAUGCGUGUGACAUCACAUCAACGUGCAAAAUGUUAUGUACGUGCGACAGGA